GGCUGCUGCGGUACUUCCCUGUGCACAUUAUUAGUGUGACAAACACUACAACUCCCAGAAAGCCUUGCAAUGUGUGCCUUCUUCAUAGCAACCAACAAAGAAAGCAACCAAAUAGCCACAGCUCUACCUUAUUUUCAUUUCCUCUAGAACUGCAUUACCUGAUUAAACUAAAGCUUGGACCAAAGUAAUGGCAGAUGUUCAGGACUUGGCUCAUCCUUCUUCUGCAAGAAAAAAUAAAACAAAAAAGAAAAAGAGAAAAGCGAGGCUAACCAAAGAACAGAGGAAACUGGCCAAGCUUGAAAAAGCAUGCAAAGUGUUCCAACAGCAGGAGGAAGAAUUUUUGGUCUUCCAGGGUCGGAUGGACAAAUGGCUCAAGGAUCAUCACCAUCAAGCUCUGGAGCUUUUUGGUCAGUUCCACACCAGUGGGACUGGACUGCUAAGCCAUGAAGAAUUUAAACUAGGUAUGAGAGACCUAAAUAUUCCAUGUACUGAAGCUCAGCUGCACAUGUUGAUAAAAUUGCUGGAUCCUGGUGAAAGUGGUGUGAUCGAUUAUGUUGAACUCAGUGCUGGACUCCAACAAGCUCAACUUCAUGUACCACAGUACAAGGAUGAGGAGAAAGAGGAUCAUAAUGAUGAAGAAAAACGAGCACAUAUUCCAGUAGAAGGCAAGGGACCAGAAAGAAAAGACAUCAGAAUGAAAACAAGUUCUGUAAUUACUGCAAAAGAACAAUUGCACUUCUGUGGACCCCAUCAUUUAGUUCUAAGCAAGCCUUCUCCUACACAUGAGCCCAGGCUUCUGGUGGUGGAAAUGAGACUUAUAACAUUUGACAACUUCACAAAGCACCCAGGACAUUUUCAGGAAGUGGUCAACAGUGAAAGCAGAGUGCAUGGCCUGAUACAAAGAAUCCGUGAACGGACUGGGAUUGAAAGCACCAAACUACAAGUCUUCAGGGACAAGUCAUUUUCCAAAGAGUCAUACCUACAUCCAGUCAAGUCCCUGCAGGAAUGUGGCUUCCAGGGAGGCCCUCCUAGCACCCCUGAUUCCAUUACCCUUUAUUACGAUUAUAUUAUUGAAAUCAUUGACUGCCCACUCCUGAACUGUGACUACUAUUUUAGAGUGAAAUAAUACAUAUACAUGCCAUUUCUUCAUCUCUAGUUUCUUCUUUUAUUUGUAGAACAAUGUUUUCACGUUGAAAGAGGUAAGAGAAAAUCUGAAUUAUGUAACAUUGGUGUAAUGUGUUGUCUGGUAAGACUUUUCAUAAUCUGUGAAAUUUUUAUGCACCAACAUAACAAAAGAGCUCAUGAAGCCUUUAUAAAACUAUACGUACCUUUUUGAAAUUACACACACACACACACACACACACACACACAC